CUCCCAUUGUGGACUUGGCAGGUGGGAAGGAGCUCCCUGCCAUAGUGUUGCAACGAAAAAGUUCAUAUGAAGAGGUUAUGGAUGCCCUAAACCCUUCUACAUUAUCAGCGGCAAGAGUCCGAAGUCUCCAACCAUCCAUGGCUUUAAUCUCCUCUCCUCGUUCCUUCCUCACUGGAAGCCUGCUCCCGCCUUUCCCCAACUACAAGAGGCUACACGGGACCCUUCUGGUGCCCUUCAGGUCUUCCAUCGGCGAUGGCGCAUCGAGUGGGGAAAACGAGGCGAAGUUGGCGAAAUUAGCGAUGGUCUCAUUAGCGGCUGGGAUGCUUGCGCUGGGUAGUGUGGAUCCGAUGGCAGCGAUGGCUGCGAAGUCUGGCGGCAGAGUUGGCGGCCAGGCCUUCCGAUCUGUCGCUCCUAGGGUUUCCGACCCUCGGAUUAACAACUCAAGGACAAAUAUCUAUGUCAACCCCCCAAUUGCACCACCAUUUUUUGGCGGGUAUGGCUAUGGUGCUCCAUUCUACGGUCGAUGGGGCUGGUCACCUUUCACAUUCUUUACGCCAGGGCCAGGCAUUGCAGUAGAUGUGGGUGGUGCCUUUGACAUCUUCGUUGCAUUUCUAGUGCUUGGUGCUGUAGCUGCUGCGAUUUGAAGAGUUUUUGGGAGGAAGGAUUAUGAAGACAGUGAGUAUUGAUGCCUUUGUCAAGUUGUGUAAGUAAAUGUACGCAAGAAAAAAUUGCUUUAAAGCUGAUAUAGUUUCGGUGAAUCUAAUUGUACUCAUUUAAGUAGAGCAACUUGUUGUAACAUAAACAACAAGCUCCUGUAAUAUUUACAUUACCAUGUACAGGUAAACUAUGACUAAGCAUUUAGAUAUUUCUGUAUUUCAUUUGUAA